ACAGACAUACAGACAUACAAACCCACAUUCAACAGUGUCUCAAACUGUGCUCAAAUUUACCAAGACAAUGUCUGCAAUAAAAAGUAAUUGAAACAUUUUUCAUUAGAUUCUAAGAGAAAAUGAUCUGAGCUAUGCUUUCUUUCAUUUUUUAGUAAAAUGAUUCUAGAUGUAUUAGAAAAUGUAUACAUUUAUUUAUAAUUUAUAGCAAUAGUGUCAGAGUUCAAAAUGUUUAAACAAUUGGGGUAUCACUAAAGCUGAAGCUUCACUAUAUAGUGAGUUCACACUUUAUUUAGGGCGUGUAACACACCUGAAUCAACUCAUCAGCAUUUUAGCAAAGCCUUCAUGAGCUGAACUGUGUGUGUUAAAUAAAGACACAUCCAAAAUGUGUUGGGUCCAAGGACUGGAAUUGAGAAACACUGUAUUAACACAACAGAAUGAGUGAAUUAACUGUAAUGCUUUCAACCCAAAUUCCCCUACUGAUCAUGAUAGACUUAAUAAAGCACUAUGACACAGGACAGAGGGAGUGGUGUGUGUAUGUAGUGGUGUAGUGUGCUGCAGUUAAUGGAUCAUGUAGGUGUGAGGAAACCAUGUGGAGAAAAGAGAAGCAAAACACCAGACAGAGAGCGGGAGAUGAUGGCUAUGUUUGUGUUGGCUGCCUUCCUGUUUUUGUUUCAAGUUCUCCAUUCUGAGGAGUUUCUUCUGCUUCUGCAGACUGCUGCUGUGACCUCACAUUUAGAGCAAGGGUGUGUUUAAGGAAGAUUUAGGAGAAAACUUCAGAAACAAAAAUCUGCUGAACUAACCAGUAAACAGAAAUCAAAUCUGACCCUAUUUAUUUUCUUAAAGGGAUGCUACACUUAAAAAUGAAAAUUCUGUCAUCAUUUACUUCAUCAUUAUGCAGUUCCAAACCCAGCCUGAUCUCAUGAAUAUUACACGACUGUGGCGACAUUUUUGAAAAAUUAUAUUACAUGGUUAUUACAUGUAUCUCCACAGUUCUGAGGUGAAAUGUCCACUGUGUGGCGCUAAAAGCAAGUUAAAUGUUCUCCCAAACAGAUGAGGUUUUUAAGAUUAAUGCACUAUUGAGUUUUAAAUCAACAAAAUCGACCUCCCUACCCUAAACCUUAAACCUAAACCUAACCGUUAGUGUCAUUAAAGCAAAUGUGAGAUGAAAAACACAAGCACAUCAUUUUGUGCUGCUUCUAUGACACUUUGAGUUCAUGUGUGGACUCGCGUGCUCUUCAGGACUCGUACCCCGCUCCUUUACAUCACAAGUGCAACCAUCUAUCAGUUGAGCUACCGCACAAUUUGAUCACACUCAAACAAGCUUGUAAAUGUAGUUGAUUAUGUAAUGCAAAUGUUAAAAUGAGUCAUGAGCUAUAGAAAAAGUGUUUAGAUAUCAUAAGAUAACAUUGUGUGAGGAACAGGGCGUAAAGUAAGUGUUUAUGAACUGAUAAUCUGACAAUUUACAAGUAAUUGUUGUUGUAGCACCUCUAGUGUUUAUUUCACCAGGAAACUGCUGCAAUACGUACAACGAGCCACAUAAAAAUAAUUUAGCAAAAAUGUAGCUAUAGUAGCGUGAUUCUAGGAGACCAGGUUGCCCAAGCCUGCAUGACUUUCUUUCUUGAAACACCAAAGGAGAUGUUAGGCACAAUGUUAUGGAAAGACAGCCUCAGUCACCAUUUACUUUCAUUGCGAAGAAAGUUCUACAGAACAACAUGAAGGUAAGUAAAUGAGGACAAAAUUUAGCUUUUUUUAAUGGUAAACUAUUCCUUCAAGACCAAUAGGUGUCAAUUGUACAAUGCGUGUUGGCGACAGAUGAUCUACAGAAAGAGUCGAGUGUCUGGGCAAAUCUUGUAGGCCUUAUUUUUGAUUGUGCUUAAAAAAGCAGCCUGUGAUUUCUGUCCUCCAUUCACACACUCGCUCUCUCUGUGUGUGUGUCUCACAUCAGAAUGGGGUGUAAAUGAAGACAAAAGGAGGUAAAAUGAUGUGCACUGGGAACUGAACUCAUUGAACACAGAGCGAUAAUUAUCAACUUGGGAGUGUUUUUGCAGAACUUCGGAGAGUGUGUGCAUGUGUGUGUUACAGGUUUUAAUUUUUGCAGAUGCUUUUACACAUUAUGCUUUUGAGGUUUUAUAAACGGCAUCUUUGAUGUGCAGUGCUGUUUUUGUGUUGAAGCACGUGAACUUUUCAGUGCACUUUCCAGAUUUCUCUGUUCUUUAAAGAUCUGAGGCUCAGUUUACACUUGGUAUUAAGAUUCGUCUCAGGUGAUCUGAUCACAAGUGAUCAGGCGAGACACAUCGCUGUUUAAACUCAAGUAACGUGUCUCAAAUGCAUCUCCUGUGAACAUUUCAGUUUAUGAGUCACCUCUAACUUGGUUUGAAACCACACUUUUGGAUUACUAGACAAGAUCCCCACAGUUAAAACCACUACUAAAUAACAUCCCUACCACAACCACAUGAAUUGUUUUUUUCCCUCCAAAUUAAAUGGCAUGUUUAGAUGUUUAAGGAUAAAGAUAUACACUAGGAACUUGUUAGGUCUAUGUUCACUGCACUGCCAGGAUUGAAAAAUAAACCAUUAGAUGAGCUGCCCACUUAGUAUUGCUACAUUUGAGCUGUUUGUGGAAGUCUGGUUAAAAAUUCAGGGCCCUAUUUUAAGAGCGUUAUAGUGCUAAGCAAGAAGUCAUAAGCUCAAAGUCAGUGGACAUGGCCAUGAAGUUUUGAUAUUUUUGUGCAAGCAUGCGCUAAGUCUAUGCGCAGAUGGGUUUGGUAAAAUUACGUGCACAAAGCGCUAAUGGGCUGGGUCAAGUGCAAUUUAAUUCUAAGGUUCUUCUCCGGUUAUUCCACCGACUGUGUCUUAUUAUAUAGUUAAUUCCAAUAUAAACAAAGACAGCACAUUCACAAGAAGAUGGUCUUGGAAAUGGGCUGUAUGCAAUGGAUUAGAAGAAUAGAAAAAUGGACUUAAGUUCUUUUGUGCGUUACCAUGUUGAAUGUCAGGCAUAUUUCUAUGACAGUGACACGCUCCUUUCAUACAAAUAGAAAAUGUAAUUCUUAUCAAGUUUUGGAUGUACGCUCUGUUACAUUAUAGGGAAUUUAAGUAUUAUUAAUAAUUUCCAUCUACUGACACACAAGUCAUGGAUAGUAUUAACAGUGAUUGUAUCAACAUGUACUUCACUUCUACUGGUCGAUUUUUAUUUUGAAAAAUUUAAUUAAUUAAUUGAAACACGAAAAAUUAAACCAAAAUAUUUCUAAAUUCAAAUUAAACUUAAACAUAAAUUAAAAUAUAAUCAGAAUAAUGAAAUGAUCAAAAAAAAAUCAUAUACCAAAUUUAAACAUUUUACAGUGUCCAAUUUCUUCCACCAGCACCUUUUGCAGUGACUUUAAAAUCACUCUAUGACAACAGGUGGAAAAAUACCAAUACAAAUUAGAUCAUUGUAAAAGAUCUUGGUUCGUGGGCAAUGGAGGAAUCAGGAGACAGCGAAGCAGGUUCAAGGUCAGUCUUUUAAUUUUGAGCUUCACACACACAAUCGACGGUAACCGUCGGAACAAAAAUAAGUAAUAAACAAAGGAAAGCACUCAUGGCUGUUUGUGCUUGUAGGUCACUCUCUCCUCUCUCUGACCUUUUCAGGUCUCCCUCCGCCAUCACUAUAAUGAGAGACAGGUGUUAGAGAUAAUUACGACCCAGGUGAUGAGCCUUACCGCUCUCCCUCUCCCGCCAACUGACACAUGACCACGCCCCCCAUGCCACAAUCGUAAAUACAAUUGUAAAUAUAAACAUAAUACAGAUUUUACGAUCGCUAUGACAAUUUUUUGAAUACUUUUAACAAUUUUCCUAAACUCUUAACACAGUUAGCACAACAUCCAUCUGUGAAGGCUAUAUAAUUAACACAUUUCUUGUUGCUUUGACACAAAAUGCAUAGUUAACACAGAUUUAAAAUGCUUGAACUUCUUUUACACACAAGCUCAACCAAGACCAAAACAAUGGAUUUUUACUGCCAAAUUUACAAAUGCUUUCACACUGUAUGUCAGAACAGAUAACAUCAUGUUCUAAACCUAACUUGUAGGCUAAAGUCAAAGUGAACAGCUGUUCAUAUUGUGAAUUGAAACACAAAUAUAUCCCCUGUAUUUUAUUCCAUUGCUACUGAGAAACAGCUGAUUGAAGUUAUGCAAAUAAAUCACAGCUGAUUCCCAUCUAGGAAACACACUCAGGUGUAGAGUUUCUUUCAAUCGCAUGACCAUAUGGUAUACAGUAAAAAAGGACCUCUUUGGGCUGAUCUUGUGUGGAAAAAGAACAAUAUAGUGCAACACAAAUAAAGUAAGAAAAAUGCCUGCACAAGGGAGAGGAAGACGAGUACCAGGACAGGGGAGAGUAAGACAAGUACCAGGACAAGGGAGAGUAAGACAAGUACCAGGAUAAGGGAGAGGAAGACAAGUACCAGGACAAGGGAGAGGAAGACAAGUACCAGGACAAGGGAGACGAGUGGGACAAGGGCAAGGGAGAGGAAUGCCUGGACGAGGACAAGGUAGAGGGAGAGGAGUUAGAAUGCGUGGUUGCGCUCAAAGUAGGGCCAGAGCUAGGGUAACUGAUGAAAUAAUAGCUACUAUCAUAGACCAUAUCAUAAACCACGGGCUAUCAUACAGAGAGGCUGGUAAAAGAGUACAGCCAAAUCUCAGCCGGGACAUAGUGGCAUCCAUUGUCCGGAUUUUUCGAGAAACCAGCAGGAUUCAACAUCUACCUCCCUCAGGGGGCAGAGGAAAGCUCCUAAAUGAAGAACAGGAACUUGCUAUUGUCAACAUAGUGAUUGCUGACAAUGAAAUAAAACUGAAGGACAUUCAGUCCAGAGUUGUAGAGGACAACCUUGUCUUUGGGAACAUUGCAGCAAUCAGCAUAAUAUCCAUUUCUCGGACUCUAGCUAAACAAAGAGUCCGAAUGAAACAACUAUACAAAGUUCCUUUUGAGCGCAUCAAAGAACUCCGUCGCCAAUACGUCCAGAGAGUCAUGGAUUUGGAGGCCAAUCAAGUCCCACAUGAAAUGAUCUACGUUGACGAGGCUGGUUUCAGUUUGUCAAAAAGGCGAAAGAAACACAAUUGGAAAAAGGGCCACAGUUACCGUGCCAGGCCAGAGAGUAGCCAACAUCACCAUGUGCGCCGCAAUCUCCAACAACGGUGCACUCCUGCAUAAAUUUGAGAUUGGCCCCUACAACACAGACCGCCUUCUCCUGUUUUUAGAAGACCUGCACAAAAGACUGGUGCCAGAUGUAGAAAGGGGACAGGUGGGAGACCACUUGCCAAUAUAUGUGAUCACAUGGGACAAUGUGGCAUUACACCAUUCCCGUGCAUUCACAGCCUGGUUUGACGCCCAUCCGAGGAUGAUGUCCCAUCCUUGCCCCUUACUCUCCUUUCCUCAACCCCAUUGAGGAGUUUUUCUUAGCCUGGAGAUGGAAGGUUUUUAACCUUCGUCCACAGGACCAAAUGUCCCUCCUGGAUGCAAUGGAUGCUGCAUGCCAAGACAUCACAGCUGAACACUGCCAGGGGUGGAUAAGGCAUGCCAAAAUAUUUUUCCCAAGAUGCCUUGCCAGAGAAGAUAUCAGGUGUGAUGUGGAUGAGAAUAUGUGGCCAAAUGGCAGAUUAGAAGAUGACUUUUUUUUCUUUUUUUUAUUCUUCUGUGGCUUUUUCUGUUUGUAUAUUUUGUAUUUUCACAUAAUAAAUGGCAGCUAUAUUGCAUAUUUUUGUUAUCUUGCAGUAAUGUCCUGUUGCAAUAAAGCCUUUACUGCAGCAAUUCUGUCUUCUUUUUUUCAUAAACCGUACAUUCUAUAAAGAUACUCUGAUAUGGGUCAUUCAUUUUUUGUAUUGAAUUUCUGCAGCAAAAGAAACAAAAUGCAUGCAUUUACUAAACCCAACAAAACUAAAAUGUAGAGAGGCUUCAAAAGAAACUGCAGUGCAAAACACAAUCUAUGAUCAAUACAAUAUACUGUCUAUUGUAUAAGGGCAGACCUGACACAUAAAAUAAUGCAGUUUCUGUCAUUCCAUCUGAUGUUAGUGUUUUUAUGACAUUGUGCUAUGAUUGACUAAAUGUUCCUGUUGGAAGAGAACAUGUGUUAGUGUUUUGGAAUAAUUAUUUGAUUUUGAGACAUGUUUGCAGUGUUUUGGUAGACAUAGUGUAUUGUGUUAGUGUAUUAUUGUAUUUUGAAAAUUAGUGUUGGAGUUUAGUUUACAGUGUGUGAUUUUGAGCAUGAAAUUAACCGUUUUGCCAAUUGUAUGUUGUAGGUGUGUUGGUGCGUUAAGAGUUUAGGAAAAUUGUUAAAAGUACUGAAAAAAUUGUCAUAGCGAUCGUAAAAAACUGUAAUAAUAAUUUAAAAAUAAACGAUGAACUUUAGAAGGUUUGAAUUUUUUUUUUUCAAAUAAGACGGCUACAGCUGUGAUCGUCGGGGACAUCAUUUGUUGUUCCACUAUAUUUUCAGAGUUUGGACAUGAACUUUAUUACCACCUGCUGGUGGAAUCUCCAAACUGCAAAUGCAGGAAGUGAGUUUAGACUUUGCACUAAAAACAGACGUGGUUUUGAAUUGUCUUAGCGCAACGACCUACGUACUUCUCAGGAAAAUAGCAAAAUGCUCUUU